AUGGCGCGUCUAUCUGUUGUGGCUGCUCUUGCAUUCACCGGUGCUGCAUCUGCCUUGCAGAUCCCGCUCCAGAUCCCAAUCAACACGCCUUGGACCGAGACCCCUGCAGUCCACCAAGACGAUGGCGAUGAGCUCCCCUUGAUUGACAGCAAGACCCUCCAGGACAGAAUCGCCUCCUCCUCUCUCGAGGCUCGCGCCAAGGUCCUUUACGACUUGGCCAAGAGGAGCGAGGAUGAGUACAACCACCCCACUCGUGUCAUUGGCAGCAAGGGACACGAAGCUACUCUGACUUACAUCCAGUCAACUCUGGCCCAAUUGGGUUCAUACUACAAUGUCUCGUCGCAGAGCUUCCCCGCCGUGACUGGCAACGUCUUUGAGUCUCGCCUGGUGGUGGGUGCUGAAGUUCCAUCCUCUGCUGCCCCAAUGGGGCUGACGCCUCCUACUCGGAACAACGAGCCAGUUCACGGACAGGUGAUCCUCGCGGAGAAUGAGGGCUGUGAGCCUUCUGAUGUCCCAGAGCAAGCAUCUGGGAACAUUGUGCUCAUCAAGCGCGGCACUUGUCCCUUUGGCACCAAAUCCGAGAACGCUGGCAAGGCGGGUGCUCUCGCGGCCAUUGUCUACAACACCGAUCCCGAGCCAGUGCAGGGGACCCUUGGCACACCAUCGCCUGACCAUGUGGCUACCUUUGGCAUCGGCGGCACGGAGGGCUCCAAGUAUGUUGAGAAGAUCAGGAAGGGCGAGAAGCUCGACGCCAUUGCGUACAUUGAUGCUGAGGUCCGCACGAUUGUCACUACCAACAUCAUUGCGCAAACCCUGGGCGGCGAUGCGGAGAACUGCGUGAUGGCCGGUGGGCACAGUGACAGUGUCGCCGAGGGGCCUGGCAUCAAUGAUGAUGGCACGGGCAGCUUGUCUCUCCUCGAGGUUGCCGUGCAGCUCUCUCGCUUCCGCGUCAACAACUGCGUGCGCCUCGCUUGGUGGGCGGCCGAGGAGGAAGGUCUCCUCGGCUCCGAUUACUAUGUGUCCCAGCUUUCGGGAGAAGACAACCAGCGCAUCCGCCUGUUUAUGGACUACGACAUGAUGGCUAGUCCCAACUACGCCUACCAAAUCUACAAUGCCACCAACGAGGAGAACCCCACCGGUUCAGCCGAGUUGAAGGAGCUGUACAUUGACUGGUACGAGGACCAGGGCCUGAACUACACGUUCAUCCCCUUUGACGGCCGCAGCGACUACGAUGGGUUCAUCCGCAACGGCAUCCCGGGCGGCGGUAUCGCGACCGGUGCCGAGGGCGUCAAGACGAAGGAUGAAGAGGCCAUGUUUGGUGGCAAGGCUGGCGACUGGUACGAUCCCAACUACCACCAGAUUGGCGAUGAUCUGAGAAACUUGGCCCUCGACGCGUGGGAGGUCAACACCAAGUUGAUUGCGCACUCGAUCGCUACGUUUGCCAAGUCGUUCAAGGGCUUCCCGGAGAGGAAUGCGGAUGCUGAGAUCAGCUCGUACGGACGUGAUGUCAAAUACCACGGUUCCAAGCUUGUCGUUUAG